GCAGGGCAAAUGACACGGUGGCCCAGCCAUAAACGCCACUUUCCCAAACAAGAAGCUUGAGGCGGGGACGCGGCCCAGCCACUCACCCGACGUGCCGGCUGGGGAGGAGGCGGCAGGGCCCGGUGUCCCUUUAAGCGGGGAGUACACACUGCCGGCCCCCCCGCCCGUCCUGACGUCAGCGGGACGGCGCGCGAGUGAGUGAGGGGCCGCCGCACAGCGACUCCCGCCGCCGGCGCGCCAGCUGCCGAGCCGCGCCUGGACCCAGCUGCCCGGAGAGACGGAGCCUGUGGCUGGCAAGGCCACCGAGCAGGGCCAGGCCGGGCCCUGCCCGCAAGGACGCCCAAGCCCAUCACCGGCCCCUGAGCUGCAGAGCCCACCAGGCUCUCCUGCUGGCCCCACCAUGACAUCGGAGCCCACGUCACCUCCUGUGGUGCCCCCACUUCACUCCCCCAAGUCCCCUGUCUGGCCCACCUUCCCCUUCCACAGGGAGGGCAGCAGGGUCUGGGAGCGGGGCGGAGUCCCUCCUCGGGACCUGCCCAGCCCACUGCCAACCAAACGGACCAGGACAUACUCGGCGACAGCCCGGGCCUCAGCCGGCCCCGUGUUCAAGGGCGUCUGUAAGCAGUUCUCACGCUCGCAGGGCCAUGGCUUCAUCACCCCUGAGAACGGGUCGGAGGACAUCUUCGUGCACGUAUCUGACAUCGAGGGAGAGUAUGUGCCCGUGGAAGGUGACGAGGUGACCUACAAGAUGUGCCCCAUCCCGCCCAAGAACCAGAAGUUCCAGGCUGUGGAGGUGGUGCUCACCCAGCUGGCACCCCACACCCCCCACGAGACGUGGUCGGGCCAGGUUGUGGGCUCCUAGGCUGGGGGCAGCCACACCCAAGGGCUGGCAGCAGUGGGCCCCACGCCCCCUUAGCACUGCUGACCAGCCCCUGGGCGGCCUCAGUGUGCACGUCCGUCUGUCUGUCUGUGCUCGUGGCCGUGAGUGUGUGCCUCCACCCACCCGUGACCCGUGACUGUUGUGCGAGCCGGCCAGGAGCUGGGGAGGGGAGGCCGCCAGCCCUGCCUUGGCCUGUCCCUCCUCCCUCCUCCCUGCGACACACACAGGACCCUCUCGCCCUCCUGUCUGCCGUCCACAUGUUGACUGAGCUUCUGUGAACCCACAUCAGGCUCACGGGGACUUGGGGGACCCCUCUCUUAUGAGCUUGCUCCCCUCACUGCUGCCCGCAGCCCUGCUGGGCCCCAGCCCACCUGGGGCCAGACCCCGCUUGUGCUCCUGCCUCCUGCCCUGGGCCAGGGUCUCUGCCAUGGCCUGGACCCUUUCUCUCAGAAGCCAGGCAGGUGAGUGCUUUGGGGGGCCUCCAGUUCCCAGCAGGGGAAGAGGAGCCUUCUCACAAGGGGUUCUCGUUUCACUGGGCAGUCCCUCCUCAGCCCCGCAGUGACUCUGAGCCCACAGAGGUCAUGUUCCUUCCCCAGGGCAAGGAGCAGGGACAGGCUCCCCAGCUUGGAUGGAGCCAUCCCCUCUACCCUGUAACUCUGUGGAUGCUUUGCCCUGGGCUCAGCCAUGAUAGCUGCUGAGGAGGACAUGGUGAUGGACCCUCAAGUCCCCUCAGGCCAGGCCUGGCCCAGGCACCUGAAAGAUGGCUCUCAGCCUGGGAGACCACAAGCCUUGCAACCCAUGCCAGACCCUCUUCCCACUGUUGCAGGAUGGCAGCUCCCACAGGCCCCUGACAGGCCACCAGCUAAGGUGUUCCUCCUCCUGUCCAUGCCUGGAGUCCCUCUGGGAUCAAGAUGCGUGUGUGUGGCCAGGGUGGCCUGGCCUGAGAGGCCAGGUGGGGCUCUACCCUGCACAUUUCCUUCUAGAGAGCCCAUACAUAAAAUGGGUAUAAAAGGGGUCACAGGCUCAAGGGCGGGCCUGCCAGGACAGCGACCCUUAUGAGACCCAGUCUGCAAAUAAACUUGGGGGCUUGAACGCCCAGGAUGAGGGGAUCAGUGACUGUCUAAGUGGCCUCGUAGGUGCCUACACUCCAGGUGAGAGAGCAGUGGGACACCUGCCUCUCACCCCUGCCACACAGAGGCAGGGAGCCCAAGCUGCAGGAGGCGCUGGUGGGCCUCUGCACACCCUCUGAGCUCAGCUUCUCAGCAAGGCCCAUCCCGAGGGAACAAGGACUCCCUGGCCCUCUUGGUGGAGGGCUUGUUGGCACAGGAGGACUCCUUGCCCGCCAGGCUUCCCUCCUGUAAGCUGACCCCCUUUCUAGGUGCCCGGGGAGCUGCCUGGGGGCAGUUGGCAGCAGCUCUCCUCCCUAUUCUUGGGCCCUGAAGAGCCCAGUCAGAAUCCUCCCAAGACCCCAGCCACGGACUCCCCCUCCUUCCUAACACUGGCAAUAAACUCUUGACUGUGACCGACCCUGGCCCAGAGC